AGCCCAACCCGAUGCCAUUGCACACUCGGCAGCUAAAAUGAUAUCUCGUCUGAAAGCUGAUGGAGAAGAGACCACGCAAGCUCUCAAGUCCUUAUGUUGGAGACUAAAGGGUCUUCAAGUGGAGGAGGCAGUACUUAUUGGUGUAGAUUCCCUUGGAUUUGAAUUAAGGGUAUGCUCAGGAACACAAGUCCAGACAUUGAGAUUCGCACUUAACACACGGGCAACUUCUGAGUACAGUGCUGAGAGACAACUCAAUGAUCUGCUAUUCCCAAGGAUGCAGCAGAAACCACAAACAGUGAAACAAACUUAGCAAAUUGAACGGUAACGUCAUCAACACCUUCAAGUGCCAUCAUUUGGUUUGAUUCUAGCUCGUUUCUUCAAGGUGCCUCUCGGCAUAUGUUUCGAUAUAUGACAGGAGGGGUUCCGAAAAUUUCUUGCAUAGUCCGACCAGGUCAUUGUACUGUUAAUUGAGAUUAAGGAUUAUGAAAUUUCAUUAUUUGCGAAGCUUGGUGAUUCUUUGCCUUGUAAAUCAUUUUUGUUUUGAUCAACUGAUUUAUAGGUCUC